UAACAUUUGAUACACUUGUAACAUAUAAAUACAGUACAGUACUAAAAAUGCAUGCAAUGCAUGAUCCUAAUGACUGCGCAAUUGCCGUUAGCGAGGCUAUCAUUGAAGGCAUGAAGCUAUUUAUCCCUAACCCGCUAGUGGCAAUGGGAUCGAAGAAGCGUCCGUGGUUUAACCGGUCUUAUAAGAAAGCCAGAUUUGCUCAGCAAGCUGCAUACAGGACUUGGACUACGGCUCGCACUAACUCUAAUCCUGGAAUCACUGAUGCAAAACGGAAAUUAAAUGCUGCUGCGAAAAUUACUAUAACACAAUGUAAAGUCCGGCGGGAGUUACUAUCCUUAGAUGUUCAUAAGUCGAGUGGGCCAGACGGUAUACCGGCAGUGGUUCUAAAGCAGUGUGCUCCGGAACUGUGUCCUGUAUUAACGCGUCUCUUCACGAUCUCGUACUCCACAGGGCAAUUUCCUUUGACAUGGAAGACCACCCUUCUACAUCCUGUACCUAAAAAGGGCGAUAAGUCGGACCCUUCAAAUUACAGGCCGAUUGCGAUCGCUUCCCUUCUCUCUAAGGUGAUGGAGCGUAUAAUUAACGCACAGUUGUUAAAAUACCUAGAGGACCACGAUUUAUUGAGUGACCGGCAAUAUGGCUUUCGCCAUAGUUGCUCAACCGGUGACCUCUUGGUACAGGGUGGCCCAAAAGUCCUUAGAAAAGUAAAAUUUGAAUUAAACGAAAACGUCGCGCGUGAGCGGUGCAGGGAAAGCGGGGGUAGUAACUUCGGUUUCUGGGAAUUUAGUCGCGAUGGAGCGUUUCACCGGAGCGGACCGUGCGUUUUGUGUGCGCGAGUUUUAUCAAAACAACGAUUCGGCAACCGUUGCGAGGCGUAAAUUUCGAGAACACAAAGGUUUACACAACUUUGAUGACACCCCAGCUCUCCAAACGAUUAAGAAUUGGGUUGCUAAGUUCGAGGAGACCAGUUCUUUUUUUUUUUUUUUACAACACGGGGCAAACGAGCAUGCGGCUCACCUGAUGGUAAGUGACUACCGUCGCCCAUGAUCACCCACAACAUCAGCGGCAUUGCAGGUGUGCUGCCGGCCUUUUAAAAAGGAAUAUACUCUUUUCUUGAAGGUUAUGUUGUCGUAUCGGUUCGGAAAUACUGCUGCUGGAAGUUGAUUCCAAAGAAUGGUUGUGCGUGGAAGAAAGUGCCUUGAAAAACGCACGGUGGAAGACCGCCACUCGUCCAGAUGAUUGGGAUGAAACUUUAGUUUGUGGCGGGUUGUACGGUGGUGAAAAUCAGCAGCAGGUAUCAAUCCGAACAAUUCCUCAGAACACUCCCCAUGAUAAAUUCGGUAGAAGAUGCACAGAGAUGCAACAUCUCUGCGCAGUUUCAUUGGAUCAAGUCGGACAGUAAGGCGUUGACUAUCGAUAAUUCGAGCCGCCCGACUUUGAAUGCGGUCUGACGGAAGGAGUUGGUACUGUGGCGCUCCUGCCCACAGGUGAGAACAGUAUUCCAUAUGCGGCCUGACUUGGGCUUUAUAUAAUUUCAGGCGGUGUUCUGGCAUGAAAUAUCGUCUCACCCUAUUGAGCACUCCUAACUUUUUGGAAGCUAUCUUAGCCUUCUCCUCCAGAUGACCGCAAAACUGGACGUCGCAAGAUAUAUCAACACCCAGAAUUCCUGGACUCGACUUUUUAUCAAGGGAAGUGCCCUGAAAUUGAGGAGAUACGACAAACGGCGUCUUUUUUGCGGUAAACGCGCAGACGUUAGAUAAACCGCGGUUGGGUCGCCCAAGGACAUCACGUACGGAACAAAACAUCGACACAGUGGCACAAUCUAUUCGUGAAAAUCCUACACAGUCAACUCGUAAGCGUUCCAGUGCAUUAAACGUAUCCAGGACAUCGUUACAACGGAUUUUGAAGAAAGAUUUACUUAUGCACCCUUACAAAAUUCAGUUGGUGCAAGAAUUAAAAGAAACUGAUGCUAUUCAGAGAGUGAAUUAUGCUAAUGAAAUGUUUAAUCGGUUUACUUCGUUCAAUAACAUAAUGUUCUCUGAUGAGGCACACUUCCACAUUAACGGACAUGUUAGUAAACAAAAUUGCCGCUAUUGGAGCCCGAUUAAUCCAAAACUUAAGCACCAGAAGCCCUUACAUAGCCCUAAAGUUACAGUUUGGGCCGCUAUGUCAGCCCAUGGCAUCAUAGGGCCUUACUUUUUUGAGGACGGCAGAGGGUGUGCUGUUACUGUUACU